AAAACAUUCUCCAGUUGACAGACGCACAAAAUUUGUGUUUUGUGCGUCGUAUUUGUGCCGUGUUUUUUUGGAAUAAUUCGCAAUGUAUGAACAAGACGAAGAUCAAUUCGAUGAUGAGGAGUCUGAGGAAAUCAGCUCCGAGUUGUGGCAAGAGGCUUGUUGGAUCGUCAUCAAUGCUUAUUUCGACGAAAAAGGCCUCGUCCGGCAACAAUUGGACAGUUUUGAUGAGUUUAUCCAAAUGUCGGUGCAAAGAAUCGUGGAAGACUCGCCCCAGAUCGACUUGCAGGCUGAGGCUCAACACACGAGUGGCGAGCUUGAAAACCCCUCUCGGUAUUUGUUGAAAUUCGAGCAGAUUUACUUGUCUAAGCCCACACAUUGGGAGAAGGACGGUGCCCCCUCGCCUAUGAUGCCAAACGAGGCCCGGUUGCGCAACUUGACGUACUCAGCCCCCUUAUACGUCGACAUCACUAAGACUAUAGUUAAAGACGGCGAGGACCCCAUUGAGACCCAACACCAGAAAACUUUCAUCGGGAAAAUCCCCAUUAUGCUCAGAUCGACUUACUGUCUCCUCAACGGUUUAACCGAUCGCGACUUAACCGAGCUGAACGAGUGCCCCCUUGACCCCGGGGGCUACUUUAUCAUAAACGGCUCGGAGAAGGUUCUAAUCGCUCAAGAGAAAAUGGCCACGAAUACCGUUUAUGUUUUCGCAAUGAAAGACGGGAAAUACGCCUUCAAAUCGGAAAUUCGCUCCUGUCUCGAGCACAGUUCGCGUCCCACGUCCACCCUCUGGGUCAAUAUGAUGGCUCGUGGGGGCCAAGCGAUCAAAAAAGCCGCAAUUGGGCAACGAAUCAUCGCGAUUUUGCCCUACAUCAAGCAGGAAAUCCCCAUUAUGAUUGUCUUUCGGGCUUUGGGGUUCGUCGCCGAUCGGGACAUCCUCGAGCACAUCAUCUACGAUUUCGAGGACCCCGAAAUGAUGGAAAUGGUGAAGCCGUCACUUGACGAAGCUUUCGUAAUCCAAGAACAGAACAUUGCGCUUAAUUUCAUUGGGACUAGGGGGGCCCGACCUGGUGUAACCAAAGAGAAACGUAUCAAAUACGCCCGGGAGAUCCUCCAGAAGGAGAUGUUGCCCCAUGUGGGAGUCUCCGAUUUCUGCGAGACGAAAAAAGCCUACUUUUUGGGGUACAUGGUCCACCGAUUGCUCUUGGCGGCUUUGGGGCGCAGGGAAUUGGACGAUAGGGAUCACUACGGGAAUAAAAGACUGGAUCUAGCGGGGCCCCUUCUCGCGUUUUUAUUCCGGGGCUUGUUUAAAAAUUUAAUGAAGGAAGUCCGGAUGUAUGCACAGAAAUUCAUCGAUAGGGGCAAAGACUUUAACCUGGAUUUGGCCAUCAAGACUAAAUUGAUUACAGACGGGUUGCGGUACUCUUUGGCGACUGGUAAUUGGGGAGACCAGAAAAAGGCCCAUCAGGCCAGGGCCGGAGUCUCCCAAGUGUUAAAUCGCUUGACUUUUGCAUCGACUUUGUCCCAUUUGAGACGCGUUAAUUCGCCCAUUGGACGCGAUGGGAAGUUGGCGAAGCCCCGACAAUUGCACAACACACUUUGGGGGAUGAUUUGUCCGGCUGAGACUCCAGAAGGGGCUGCUGUUGGUUUGGUGAAGAAUCUAGCCCUCAUGGCUUAUAUUUCGGUAGGGUCGCAACCUUCCCCCAUUUUGGAGUUCUUGGAGGAGUGGUCAAUGGAGAAUUUAGAGGAAAUUGCACCCUCUGCCAUAGCCAAUGCGACUAAGAUUUUUGUAAAUGGUUGUUGGGUGGGGAUUCACAGGGAUCCUGAACAGUUGAUGGCGACUUUGAGGAAGUUGAGGAGGCAGAUGGAUAUCAUAGUAUCGGAGGUUUCCAUGAUUCGGGAUAUUCGGGAUCGGGAGAUUAGGAUUUACACGGAUGCUGGGAGGAUUUGUAGGCCGUUAUUGAUCGUAGAAAAUGGGACUUUAUUAUUGAAAAAACGCCAUAUUGAUAUGUUGAAAGAGAGGGAGUAUAAUAAUUACGGGUGGCAGGUUUUGGUAGCUUCAGGAGUUGUCGAAUAUAUCGAUACUUUGGAGGAAGAAACGGUUAUGAUUGCGAUGUCUCCCGAUGAUUUACGACAGGAGAAGGAAUAUGCGUAUUGUACCACUUAUACCCAUUGUGAGAUCCAUCCAGCUAUGAUUUUGGGGGUCUGUGCUAGUAUUAUACCGUUCCCGGAUCACAAUCAAAGUCCCAGAAACACAUAUCAAAGUGCUAUGGGUAAACAAGCUAUGGGUGUCUACAUUACCAACUUCCACGUCCGUAUGGACACUCUAGCCCAUGUCCUUUAUUACCCACACAAACCUUUAGUUACAACCAGAUCGAUGGAAUAUCUCAGAUUCAGGGAAUUACCGGCUGGGAUUAACAGUAUCGUAGCUAUUGCUUGUUACACCGGUUAUAACCAGGAAGAUUCGGUUAUUUUGAAUGCGUCAGCCGUCGAAAGAGGAUUUUUCCGGUCUGUGUUUUACCGGUCGUACAAAGACGCCGAAUCGAAGCGCCUCGGCGACCAGGAGGAGCAAUUCGAGAAGCCGACUCGCCAGACCUGUCAAGGUAUGCGCAACGCCCUCUACGACAAACUGGACGAUGACGGUAUCAUCGCCCCUGGAAUUCGUGUCUCUGGUGACGACGUCGUCAUCGGCAAAACAAUGACACUGCCGGAAAACGACGACGAAUUAGACGGCACCACGAAACGUUUCACAAAACGCGACGCCUCCACGUUCCUCCGCAACAGCGAAACCGGCGUCGUGGACCAGGUCAUGCUCACCCUCAACUCCGAGGGUUACAAAUUUUGUAAAAUUCGGGUGCGUUCGGUGCGCAUCCCCCAAAUUGGGGACAAAUUCGCCUCGCGGCACGGCCAGAAGGGCACCUGCGGGAUACAGUACCGCCAGGAGGACAUGAUUUUCACCUGUGAGGGCAUCACCCCCGAUAUUAUCAUCAACCCCCAUGCUAUCCCGUCCCGGAUGACCAUCGGGCACUUGAUCGAGUGCAUCCAAGGCAAGGUCUCGGCCAAUAAGGGGGAAAUCGGCGAUGCUACCCCAUUUAACGACGCCGUCAACGUGCAGAAAAUCUCAACACUGUUGCAAGAGUAUGGGUAUCAACUCCGCGGCAACGAAGUGAUGUACAAUGGGCACACGGGCCGGAAAAUCAACGCUCAAAUUUUCAUAGGGCCGACGUAUUAUCAAAGAUUGAAGCACAUGGUCGAUGAUAAGAUCCACUCGAGGGCCAGAGGGCCGGUCCAGAUUCUUGUAAGGCAACCGAUGGAGGGCAGAGCGCGCGAUGGGGGGCUACGUUUCGGGGAGAUGGAACGGGAUUGUCAGAUUUCGCACGGAGCGGCACAGUUUCUCCGCGAGAGGUUGUUCGAAGUCUCGGAUCAGUAUCGAAUCCAUGUUUGUAAUUUUUGCGGGUUGAUUGCCAUCGCAAAUAUGCGGAAUAACACGUUUGAGUGUAAAGGGUGCAAAAAUAAGACGCAGAUUUCGCAAGUUAGGCUGCCCUAUGCUGCGAAAUUGCUCUUCCAAGAGUUAAUGUCGAUGAAUAUCGCGCCGAGGUUGAUGGUUUUGUAAUUAGUAAGUAAUAUAAUAAAGUAUUUUUUGUGUAUUA